AUGAGUCUCCCAAAUGGUGAUCCGUUGCCGUUGAAAAAAGACGGUGAUUUGGAGCAAGGCUCCUUGGCACAGGGGUCCAUUCGAUACGGUUCCAUGUCGUCGAUACGAACGGCGGAGCUGGUUGAGCUAAAUCAUGAUCUGGACACCCACCAUGAAGUUCCACAAGGUCGGCAUCUCGGUGUUUUCUCGACAGUCAUUCUUUUCGUAUCCAGAAUCAUUGGAUCCGGCAUUUUUGCGGCUCCCAGUAGCAUUUUCGUUGGAUGCGGAGGCAACCCGUUGCUGUUUUUCGCGGUGUGGUGUGUGGCAGCACUUUUGGCUUUCUCAGGGCUAUAUCUGUUUCUGGAGUUUGGCUCGCUGAUACCGAGAUCGGGCGGUCGCAAGAACUUCUUGGAGGCAGUCUACACCAGGCCUGAAAGAAUGAUGAGUGUUACUUUUACCACGUUCACCGUCUUGAUGGGUAUGGCCGUGUCCAAUGCGAUCGUGUUUGGCAAGUAUGCGCUGUACGCUGCAGGAUUCAGCGAAGAAUUUGUCAAUAGCAACUCUAAGGCAUGCAACUACCUGGGCGCCCUGUUAAUUGUUGCAAUCGCGAUGGUCCAUGGCAGAUCCGUCAGGGGAGGCAUACUUAUUCAAAAUCUGCUGGGCGGUCUAAAGCUCGUAUUUACACUGCUGAUAACCUUCACCGGCUUUUAUGUGAUCCUUUUCUACAAGCAGGCCGAUAUUGAAGUGGCACUUCUGUCACCAUCACUCGCGUCCCUCACGCAAGUCCAUGAUAAGAUCACCGUUUCAUCUGUGACGACGGCUUUUAUCCAGGCUUUCUUUUGCUUUGCUGGCUGGGAUACAGUACACUCUGUCGCUUCUGAAAUAAAAAACCCUGGAAGGACCUUGAAAAUUGCAGGCCCAUUCUCUUUGGGAUUUUGCCUAUUAUGCUACUUGACAUUAAACGUGGCGUAUCUGAGGGUAUUCAACUAUGAAGAUUUUAAAGCAGCUGGUCCGCUGGCCGGAUCCAUUCUUUUCACUAGACUAUUUGGCCCUAAUUUGGGUAGAAAAUUCAUUACUUUGGGGAUUGCCUUAUCUGCAGGCUCCAAUUUGUUCGUGGUCGUUUACUCCGUUUCGAGAAUGAAUCAAGAAUGUUUCAGAGAAGGCUUUUUGCCUUAUAGCAGGUUCAUGGCUAGUAAUAAACCCUGGGGGGCGCCAUUGCCAUCUUUGGUACUAUGUGCUAUUUUGACAACGAUUUGGCUAGUGCUUUUACCCUCGUCAGGCAGUGCGUAUAGCUAUCUUAUCGCAAUGGAAGGGUAUGCCAACCAAUUCAUAAUAUUGCUGAUUGCAGUUGGACUCUUUCUGUACAGAAGGAAUAACCCUGAUAAAAGGCCUGAAAUCAGAGCCUCCUCGAUUGGAGUUGCUGCCGUAAUCGCCUUAUCAUGUUACCUGCUGGUUGGGCCUUUCAUUGGUGACCAAAAUGAAGCAAGUGUUGAGCAUCUUCCCCCGUACCCUAUUAUGGCCCUGGUUCUGAUGUUACUUUGCCUAUCCUUCUGGUUUGUGAAAUUCAUGCUCUUACCUAGGAUACUGGGAUAUCGACUCAAGCGUCAGGUUGACAUAUUGGAGGACGGGUUGGUGAUGGUUAAUUGGCUCAAGGAAUACUUUUAA